AUGGCAUUUAGACAAGAGGCUACCCCAAUACCAAAAUCGGCCACUCUUAGAACCACAGACAUGCCGGCCAUAGGGAUUGAACCGUUGGAAAUCGGGCCAAGCGCGCUAGAGUGGGCCAUGGACAUCUUUCAGUACCUUAAUAUCAAUGAAGUGCCCGGCAACAAACAAAGGGUAAGGAAGGUCAAGUACCAAGCGGCAAAGGGCACCAUAGUCGACGAUUUGGCAUUUCUCGCAACAUCAUUUCAGACAAUAGGAGGCAAUUUGACUUCGACCACUACCGAGAUUGGUGCCGAGACUUGGGAAUUAGAUUUUGGUACUCUUCACCAGGAUAUCCCCAGUCCAAUGUUCAGAUUUUUUGGGAGCUGGCUUAUAUACACACGGGUAUUGGGGUUGACCAUAGCCUAUAGGGAUAUGAAGCCUCAAAAUCGUUUGAUUGAUCCUCUCACUCACCAGCUUAAGCCUUGCAAUUAUGGACGUGCAAGAAUGCUAGUGAAAGGGAAAGCUACCAGGUCAGACAUGUGUUCACAAUUCUACCGAGCUUCCGACCUUAAAAUUGGUGCCAUAGAAUAUACAACCUCACUUGAUAGGGCUCUUGCGCAGAUGAGUGCGGAGAUGAUGAAGGGAGCUGCUCUGUCUGAAGGUUAG